AUGAAAUGGAGCAUUACGCAAAUCUCAGUGAUUCAGAAUUUGACGAGAUGUUUGAUGAGGAUGAUAACGAUAAGUAGUGAUUAUGAACCUUCUGAUAAUUCAAGUGAUAGUGAAGAUAUGGUCGUCUCCGAAUGUGAAGUUGAUCCUGAACCUGAAGAUAAUAACGAUGAUUCUCAAACAACAACAUCAAAUGCGAAUGAUGAUUUGUGGACAGAAAUUCAACAAAAUCCUGAAUUAUUUAUUUUCCAAGAAAAUAUUGGUGUGAAAUUGGAUACGGCAAAUUUUACGGUACAUACGCUGGUGGACUUAUUUUUUUCGGAUGAAUUUCUUGCAAUACUGGUGGAACAAACUAAUUUAUAUGCUGCGCAAGAAAUGGAAAAACGCAAAGUAAUAAAAAAAAAUAACAGGUUAUCACAGUGGAAAGACGUCAGUGCUGCGGAGAUGAAAGUUUUUAUUGGACUUUUGUUGCAAAUGGGACCUUGCACUUUUCCAUCAAUCGAACAUUACUGGAGCACAAACAAGCUAUAUAAUGUAAACUUUUGGUGCUCACAUAUGAGUCGAAAUCGAUUCCAGUUGAUACUGCGUUAUUUUCAUUUGGUUGAUAACUCAAUACCAUCAGCCGACAGAUUAUACAAGCUGAGACCGAUACUAAAUCAUUUCAAUCAUGUUAUGCGUGAAAGCUAUGUACCAGAUAGAAAUAUUUGUAUUGACGAAUCCAUGAUGCUAUGGCGAGGAAGAUUGCUUUUCCGCCAAUAUAUAAAAAAUAAAAAACACAAAUAUGGUAUCAAACUGUAUGAACUAUGUGAGUCCAACGGUCUUGUCAUGAAAAUAAAGAUUUAUAGCGGAAAAUGUGAGGAAACUGAUAAUAAAGUAGGGCACACUGCUGACGUUGUUUUACAUUUACUGGAGGACUAUCUGGAUAAAGGAUACGCAGUGUACAUGGAUAAUUUUUAUAAUUCUGUUACUCUUACAAAACUGCUAACUACACGAAAAACUUAUGUGUGUGGAACCCUACGAAGCAAUAGAAAAGGAAAUUCCAGAGAUGUGGUAAAUCGCAAGCUGAAAAAAGGGGAGUGUAUUUGGCAGCAAAAUGGACCUGUCACUGUAUGCAAAUGGAAGGACAAACGAGAUGUCCUUAGCAUUUCAAACAUGCAUGCUGUUGAAAUGGUAGAGGUCUGUAAUCGCAAUGGAAAAAUUUCUAUGAAACCGAAUAUAAUACGAGAUUACAAUAAUGGAAUGUCUGGCAUAGACCGAUCAGACUAA